UCAGCCGAAAAACUAAGGGAAGCAAAGUAACAAAACAACCGAAUAAGAACAAGGAAGUACAACGAUAGAUAACGCUCAAUGGCUUCUUCUUACUGUUGUUCCCGUUUGUUGUUGCAAUCACAGAGUUGGCGACUAAUGUUACGAUUCUCACCCUUUCUCGCCACUUCCCCUCCUUCUUCUUCCCUUUCUUUCUCCUCCAAUUGCCACGUGUCCUCUUCCGCUCAACUAACAACACUUCAACAACAACAACAACAACCCCUUCCGCGAAGCUCACAGCUGGUGGCAUUGGAAUAUGCAGACCUCAACCUCUCUCACAACUUGGAUCUGGGUCACGUCAGGAUAAGGCAGCAUGUUAACCCCCUCAGCUCUUCUCUCUCGGUUCCUGCACAAGUACCAGAAUGGAACCAUGCCUUUGCAGACCCAACAUUGCCACUCAUGGUGGACAUUGGAUGUGGUAACCUGAAUCUCAAUGAUAAUUUAUUGGAUGCAUUUUGUGUGUCUGUUAAGGACUGGGACAGAUCAUGCAGUGGCAGGUUUCUAAUGUGGCUUGCUAAAAGAACUCCUAAAGAGAGAAAUUUUUUGGGAUUGGAAAUACGGCAAAAGAUAGUGAAGCGUGCUGAGUCAUGGGCAAAGGAUCUGGCUCUUGAUAACGUACAUUUUUUGUUUGCAAAUGCAACAAUUUCUUUCAAGCAGUUGGUAGAAUCAUAUCCCGGGCCCUUGGCCUUAGUUUCAAUUUUGUGUCCAGACCCACAUUUCAAGAAAAGACAUCAUAAAAGAAGGGUUCUGCAGAAGCCUUUGGUUGAUGCUAUAGUAGAUAAUUUAAUGCCUGGGGGACAGGUAUUCACACAGUCUGAUGUGUUUGAAAUGGCACUUGACAUGAGAAAUCAGUUUGAUGAAGUUGAAACACUUAAACACAUAGAAGUUUUGAACCCAUCUAUGUUGUGUGACAGUGAAGGGUGGUUGUUAGGCAACCCCAUGGGAAUAAGGACUGAGAGAGAGAUUCAUGCAGAACAUGAAGGUGCAAAAAUCUAUAGAAGAUUGUACCAGAAACCUUGUCCAUGCCAGACAUAAAUGGAGUGGAACACUCAUAUCAGACACACUGCAGUCCACAACACUUCAAAAUCCUAACAAUAUGCUUGGCAUUUUAUUGUGUCUCUCUUUCUAGUCGGUCGUGUUUUGGCCUGAGAUGUGUACUAUCCCAUGAAGUUCACAUAGUGCAAAUAUCAUACCUAGUUGCUUAGGUUUAGGGGUUUGUGUAUUUAUUCAUUUUUAUAUUGUAUUGUUGUAUCGACUAGUACUAUAAUUGAAAAAGUAAUUUUAGGAGUCUUUUUUUAUGUAUCAUUA